AAAAAACAAAAAAAAAAAACAAAAGCAGUCCUCGUGGUAAUGAGAUUGUUUAAAGCUUAUUAGUAAGAAAAAAAAAAAAAAAAAAAAAAGAGCUGACAGUUUAAGACAUUUUAACGUGAUUUAUAGAUUGUGUUUAAGCCAUUUCGUUUUUAUUUGACAUUAUUGUUUUUAUUUUUAAAUAGAUAUUUCAUUAUUUGGCAGGCAUGGUAGACAGUGUGUACAGAACUCGUUCUCUGGGGGUAGCCGCUGUUGGUCUACCGGAUCAGUAUGCUGACGGGAAGGCAGCGAAAGUGUGGCAGCUGUAUAUCGGAGACACCCGGAGCCGGACCGCCGAAUACAAAAGCUGGGUGGUGUCCCUUCUGAAGAAACACGGCUGUCAGAGGGUGCUGGAUGUAGCAUGCGGCACAGGGGUGGACUCCAUCAUGCUGGUGGAAGAAGGCUUCACUGUGAUGAGUGUGGAUGCCAGUGACAAGAUGCUGAAGCACGCCCUCAAAGCCAGAUGGGAGAGAAGGAAAGAAGAGUCGUUCGAUAAAUGGGUGAUUGAGGAGGCUAACUGGCUGACUUUGCCUAAAGACGUGCAGAAGCCAGGCACAGGCUUUGACGCUGUCAUUUGCUUAGGAAACUCUUUCUCCCAUUUACCAGAUUUCAAAGGUGACCAAAGUGACCAGAAGUUGGCACUCAAAAACAUUGCCAGCAUGGUGAAGCCCGGCGGCAUUCUGAUUAUUGACCACAGGAAUUACGACCACAUGCUGAAAACAGGCACUGCUCCUCCAGGCAAGAACAUUUACUACAAGAGUGACCUGACUCAGGACAUCACCACCUCAGUCCUGCUGGUGGACAACAAGCCACACAUGAUCACCCUAGACUACACAGUGCAGGUGCCAGCAGAGCAGAGCCAGGAGGGCUGCCCAGAACUGAGUAAGUUCCGCCUGUCCUACUACCCACACAAGGUGGACGACUUCAAGGAGCUGCUGAGGAACGCCUUCCAAGGGAAGUGCGAGCAGAGCGUCAACGGAGACUUCAAGAGCUACACCCCUGGCCAGGACACCGUGCCCUGCUACUUCAUCCACGUGGUCAAGAAGACCGCCUAGACCAGGAAACUGACAGACAGACACCUUUCUCUUUCUCUCUGAAUAAUUCUAUCCAUCUGUAUAUGGGCCAAUGUCCAUCCGCCAUUCUAGACCUGAGGUAAACCCUAUUAGAAACUGUAGAGGCUGAUUUUACAACCUUUUUUCCCUGUCACGACAGGUCAUUUUACAGCACCAGGAAAUCGUCCUGGAUUGAAUUAAUCACCUAUCUGUGGUUAUCCUGGGAUUAUCCCUAAAAUAAGUGUUUUUUACCGUCCAGGGCAAUUGCCCCAGUGCUGGAAAAUGUCAAAAAAUUCAGCUAAUGCUUUCGUUCGUAUUGGCUGAAAAUGUUUGUUCAUUACAGUUUUGCCUCCGGAUUUUUGAUUCAGUUGCAUGUCAGCAGCUUUAUUAUAGUAAUGCGUUCUGUAUCCAGAGAGAUGGAUACCCCUUGCUAACUGUAGUUGAGCUGCAUUGCAACUGCAUGAUUACUGCAACUUAAGUGAUGAUGCAGUGCUCAAAAAAUGAAGUUGUCAUGGCUAACAAC